AUGGUUUCAAAUACCAUUCACAAUGGACCUAGUGAGAUUGCUAUCGUGCCCGCAACAGCGGACGACAUCCCAGUCAUCCUCAAUAUCCUAGAUGCCACGGUUAAAUGGCUAGUAUCGCGUGGCGAAACCACGCAGUGGGGAACAACCCCAUUUUCAGAGGUUCCACAAUACACCAAGCAACUCGAAGAACACACAACAACCGGGCUUGGAAUUUGGCUCGCUAUCAAGGUAGCUGAUGGGACACCAAUAGGCCAAAAUCAACACUCCAAAGGUAUGAACGAAGGAGCUCCACGGACUAUCAUAGGAGCACUUGCUAUUGGAGAGAGGGGAUCUCAUGUACCGCCUGUCUCUGAGCCUGAGCUUUAUGUGCGAUUUGUAGUUACAGAUCGACAAUGGGCUGGGAGAGGAGUUGGCAAACGCCUUUUGGAACAUGCUCGUGAUAUUGCCAACGAGGUUGGAGUCACAUUACUACGGGUGGAUUGCUAUGCAGGUGGCAACGGCAAAGCGGUCCAAUACUAUGAGUCCCAAGGAUUCAAGCAAUCUGGAAACUUUAGGCUCGAAAGUGGCUAG